UCGCGCGGGGCUACCGUUGUGUUUUUGUGUCAGUGUCUGUGUACAGUGUUUUAUUAUAUCUUUUCGAAAAAAAAGUCGGUUGGCAAACGGGCGCGUCUGUCCACUCUGCUUCCGUCUCGGCCCCUAGGGGAGCGCUGGGAGCGGGAAAGGUGGUGCCCUCCCCCCCCCUCCUUCUGCACCGACGGUGUGACUUCCAUCAACCGUGCUGAAAAAAAGAGAAAAAUACACCAAUCAACUGCAACACACCCUCCCACUCCCCUCAGCCAGUCAAAUAAGUCCCACCGGAGCACCUGAGAACCGGGGAGAACCGCUUGCUGCAGCCCCUUGCGGUCACAAAGGAGCAAAGGAGGAGUAACAAUCUGGCCCUGUCCUCUCCGGUUCCCGGGUAGAAGGGGAGACCUUUACGCACGACGCAGUAUUCGCCACCCUUUCACUCCUCGGUCUCACGUGCGCACGGGUUAACCCCGAUGGCAGCCAGCGAGUGAAGCUUGCGAUUGCACCUUGGCUGGCACGCGCGACGACACGAUGGACUAGCAACGGCACUACGGCAGCGAGCGAGCAGCAGCAGGGCAGCAGGCGGAGGAGCCAGAGGCGGAGCUGCGGUUUUGGGGCCCCGCUCAAGCGGCGGAUGAUGGUGGACGACGGUCAGAAGCAGCAGCAGCAACACCAGCAACCACCACCACGCCAGUAGCCGCAGCGCUAGUACCAAGCACACUAGGCGGUAGCAGAUUAUGUAAAGAAUCCACCAAAAGCGCCAACCAGCAGCAGCAGCAGCAGCAGCAGCAGCAGAGCAGCGAAGCAGAGGGCAUCGUAAGGGAAAAUGUCGGCCGACUCUCAGCGCGCCCGCUUGGCGGCGGGGUCGUCGGGUGGUGGAGGCGGUGGAGGCGGCGCGGUGCGCUGCAUGCCCACGAUCGUGCCCCCGCAGGCCGUCAGCGACCGCUCGAUCAUCGACAGUGUGGCCGGGUUCAUCAACGACGUGACGCUGCAGGGCCAGACGCCGCUGGGUGACAGCAAGGACCACAUCCUGUGGGUGCGGUUCGAGAACGCGGCCGACAUCAGCGAUCCCUGCCUGGGCGACGACUGGGAGCUGGAGGGGGGCAUCGCGCCCCCACUGCUGCUCAUCCUCGGCUACGUCACGGGCGUGCAGGUUUGGAUCGUGCCGGCCAAUGGGGAGGCGAUCGAGGUGCUGUCCUGGCGCCACGGCAGCGUCAAGUGUUUGCGCGUGCUGCCCACACCGAGCGCCGCCGGCGAGCGCGAGACGACGGUGGAUGCAUCGAUGGUCGAUCAGUACACGCACAAGCGCCCGCUGAUAGCGCUGUGCGAGAGCGCGAGCGUGGCGGGCGGAUCGGCUGGAGGGAUGGCGGCGGCGUCGGCGGCGGCAGCGGCGGCGGGCGGCGGUGGCAACGGGGGCUACCAGUACUGCGCCGUCAACUUUGUCUCGCUGAAGGACGGCGAGACGGUGAAGAGCAUCAAGUUCAAGAGCACGAUCGUGGACAUCCUCGCGAACCGGUCGUCGAUCGUGGUGACGUUUCCGGAGCGCAUCGCCGUGUUCGAUGCGCGCACGCUCGAGGACCGCCUCACGGUGACGACGUGCCAUCCGAGCCCGGGCCUCAAUCCGAACCCGGUCGCGCUCGGUUCGCGCUGGAUCGCGUACGCCGAGCGCCGGCUGAUCGCGUCGAAGCGCUCGAGCGGCGGAUGCGAGGGGGACGGCGUCACCAGCUACACGGCGACGGUGCUGAAUGCGGCCAAAAGUCUCGGCAAGGGUUUACGCGAGCUGGGGGAGCAGGUGGCGGCCGGGCUGACCGGGAGCCACCUCGGUUCGAGUCUCGUUGGUGGCGGCAGUGGCAGCGGAGGAAGCGGUUCCGGACUCGGUGCCGGCCUAGGCGGUGGUGGCGGUCUGGGCGGUAUGGGCGGUCUGGGCGGAGGCUCAGCGGAUCACCACGGGGGGCUGCUUAUGGGAGGAGGAGCCGGCGGCGAGGGCAAUCAGCCGGGCGUGGUGACGGUGCUCGACAUCAAGCAUCCGAUCAAGGACAUUAGCCCGACCACGGGCACGCCCAUCACGUGCCACGGAAGCGACCCGAUUGUGGCGCACUUUCUGGCACACUCGGAGGCCAUUGUAGCGCUCGCCUUCGACGCGCCAGGCAUGCUGCUGCUCACGGCGGACCGACGGGGCCACGACUUUCACGUGUUCCGGCUGCAUCCGCACCCGAGCGGGGCAACCCUUGCGGCCGUUCAUCACCUGUACGUGCUGCACCGCGGCGACACGACGGCCAAGGUGCAGGACAUCACGUUUUCGCUCGACUCGCGCUGGGUGGCCGUGUCGACGCUGCGCGGCACCACGCACGUCUUCCCGGUCACGCCGUACGGUGGACCGGCCGGCGUUCGCACCCACUGCACGCCGCUCGUCGUCAAUCGGCUCUCCCGGUUUCAUCGCUCCGCCGGGCUCUCCAUCGACGGGCGCUCGAGCAGCCCCGUCUCGCAUCUGGCGACGGGUGAGGGCGGUUCCGGCGCGCACCAUGCACCUUCGGCGUCCGCUUAUGCGAACCCCCGCACGCCACCCUUCCCGCAUCCGACCAUCGUGCAGCCACUGGCGCAACUACGCCAGCCGGCUAGUCUCGUCGUCGGCGGAGUCGGUGGGGUCGUCGGUGGCGGUGUCGGUGGCGGUGGCGGUGUCGUCGGGCUCGGAUCCGGCGGUGGCGUUGGUGCGGGCAAGUCCCACGGCUCCCACGGCCGCCAGCGCAACUCGUCCUCCUCUUCGUCGGACGAUCUGGUGAAGCCACUGCGCGUUUGCGCCACGUUCGCGAAGGCGCGCUCCUGGCUGCUGGAUCCACCCGGGUGUUCCGUGCGCGACACACCCGCCCACCGUAUUCAGCGCAAGCCAGUCGACUCGCUGUUCAUCAUGGCUGCCCACGGUGCCCUCAUCCAGUACGAUUUGGAGCCAAAGCAUGCCUCGGGCACGCCGAGAGAGAAGAUUUGCGACGAUACACCGAUCGAGCUGGAGGUGGAAGCGAAGGCACAAUGGUGCCUGCAGCGCCAGGAGAAUGCGUCGACCGGCGACAUCCAGCCACCGCUCCCGCUGGACAACUGGCUGAUCAAGGAUCGCUUCCUGGAGGAGAGCGUCGGGGGCGCCAAGCUGGACUACGGCGAGUACCACUACAAGUCGAGUGCGCGCGACCUCGACAAACAGCUCGGCAGCGCCGUCUCGGUCGAUCACGACGAACGGUGGCUGUCGCAGGUGGAAAUCAUCACGCACGCCGGUCCGCACCGGCGGCUCUGGAUGGGGCCACAGUUUAUGUUCAAGACGUACAACACACCGAGCGGCUCUCCGCUGUCCUCGAUCGACACGGACGCCGUGGAAAUUUGCACCGGCGGUGGUGGUGGUGUCGGUGGUGGUACCGGCGGUGCCGGGGGCAGCCUGUACAACCGCCCUCCUCAGCGCUCCAACCCGAUGAACAUGCCUUUAGCUGGAGGUAUGAUGAGGCCCUUGGUACCCGUACUCAUUGAAUCUGGAUCAUGUAGCAGCUACGAGCAAAGCCCGCGUAUGAUGAACAUGAACGAAUUUCGGCACCACGAAAAUCUGGAUACGGAGUUUUCCUCGCUCGGGCCGGUUGAGUCGCAGCUGCGUGAGGAUCUCGCCGAUGCGAUGCGCGAGUCACCGCUAAUUGCAACAAACACGACGACCGGACGCGACACUACAGGUACGAAGAACGCUCCCAACCGUUUUGGUUUUGUUUGUUCGCCAUCCAUUCCCCUUGGAGGGCAGCAUCAACAGCAGCAGCAGCAGCAGCAGCCACAACAUCUGAUUUCAACCUCCACCCAUCAUCCCCUAGCUUCCACCGGAACCGGACUCUCCUCGGUUUCGUCCUGCUCGUCCACCUCGAUCUACUCGUCGACACACUCGCUGAGCUCGAUCUGCGAUCACCAGCAGCAGCAACAGCUGCACCUUCAUCAGCAGCAGCACCAGCAGCAGCAGCAGCAACAGCAGUGCGGAUGCGGCAAGGGCCCAGCGGCGGGUGGCGAGGGUGGCGAUGGCACGGGAGGCUACAUUGAAUGUAAGCAGCCGGCGUUCGCUGGCGCCGGCGACGGUAGCGGCAAUGCUAGUGCUUUAGUUGUUCACAGCGGCGGCGGUCCGGCGAAGGCGGCGGGCGGCUACCCUUGCUACUCCUCGGAGCAGUCGGUUCGGCCGGAGUCGGCCGCGAGCGGGCGGCAGGCGGGCGGUGGCAUCACGAUCGCGAAGGUGGUCAACCCGCUCGGCACGGUGACGACGAUCAGUGGUGGUGGUGUUGGUGUUGCUGGUGGCGUUGGUAGCGGCACCGGAGGACCGGACAGUCUCGGCUCGGACGAUUUCAUGCAGGAGUGCGGCGAGGAGGAACCGUACUUGCACGAGAACUGCGACGAGGCGCUGUUCCGGCCCGUCGUUACGGUGCGUGACGUGUGCAGCAGCAGCAGCAGCAACAGCGCCCGGUACCGCGGUUCGUCGCUUGAUCGGUCGGGCGGCGGGAGGGGGAGUGGUGUGGUAGCAGGUGGUGGCGUUGCCCAUGCCGGCGGCAGCAUGCUGGCGGCGCUCGGCGGCUACGAACCGCGACCCGUCAGCCAACCGGCGUCCCUCAUUGGACGCGAUCUCAUCGUGCCCGUCAUCGAGGAGAAGCAGCUGGCGUACUUCGGUGGCAACGCCAGCCGGAUCACCGCUCCAGCCGCACCGCGCACCGACACGGCCCCAAAGCAACCGGCGCCGGUGCAGGUGAAACAAGACCCAACAGCAGGUUCCACUGUUCCGCCCGCUUCGACGAGCUGCGAAGAGUUUGAAAACAUCGAACUACCACCACCAGCUCCAACUGCUACCACACGGGACAGGGACAAGGGGAAACCGCGCAAGGAGAAACCCACACCGCUGGCGUCGAAGUCGAAGAAAGCCUCAGACCCUGCCGGCGCCGUCGCACCGUCGUCGGUAAAAAAGGGACCCACCGCCACCGGUGACAAGCAGCGGUCGUCCAACAAGCGAGGAGGAGGAGGAGGUGGUGGUGUUGGCAAGGAGCAAGACGCCAAGGUGGCACCAGAACAGUUGCUACCCCCCCUGGAGGCACUUAAAAUCGACGAUCUCGAGCUGUUCGGCGAGGAGGAGGGGGACGCUGGUGGAGCCCACCCGGAGCUGGUGGUACCGCGGGAGAAUCCCUCCAGAACCGUAACACCGGAACCGCCCCCGAAGGAUGAGUUGUACGAAAUGGUAGGUUUCGGUGCGCCGCCUCCGUUGCCUCCGCUCGAGCUGCCUGCGUUCGAGAACGACCCAGCAAUGGUUGCAGCUCCGGAGGAUGACCGGGCGGCUGACGUGGAAGGUGUCAAGGAGGAGGAGGAAGAGCAGAAGGACGCCGAGCGGACGCUGAUCAGUUUCGAGAGCCCCCUCAGCGAGCAGAUGCAGGGGGUGCUGACGCGCGGUAACAUCCUGUUGGCGAUGUGCUCCAGCCUGCGCGAGGCGUCUCCCGCCGGAAGUGGCGAUGAAACGGUUGCUAGGAUGCGCAAGGAACCGUCGCUCGAGGGACACGAUUCGGACUACAAGAGCCUCGAGCUGGAGAUGGAGGCGGCGGUGAAGCAACCACCACCACCACCACUGGGGGUCAGCACCAUUGUGAGUUUGCUGUCGUCGGCCUCGGACGAGGAGGACGAGAUGGAGCAGGCCAGCAGGACGCCGCCCAACAACGAACGCUUGCUGAGCGAGGAACGGGAAGACGACGAAGAGGUUGAUGGGGAUGAAGAGGAGGAGGAUGAGGCAGACGAGCGCGAUGAGGGCAAGCGUCGCCGCCGUAAACGCCCCAGUUUCCAUCGGAGCAAUGUCAACAACACCACCACCACCACCAGCGCCACCACCAGCGCCAGCGCCACGGUGACGACGACGGCAAGCGCUAGCAGCAACAGCAGCAGUAGCAGCAGCAGCACGGCCACGACGGCGACGACGACGGUCGUGUCCCCGGCACCCCCGCGGGGCAGGCAGGACGAACACGACGACGACGAGGAGGACGGCGAUGAAGAGGAAGACGACGAGGAGCUGCAACCGCUCAUCCCGAGCAACAAGACUUCCUCUUCGUCGCUUUCCGUGGCCACAGUCGGUCACACUCUGCCAACGAUGACGACAACCUCCACGCAGAAGGAGCGUCCCUCCGAGCCAGCCUUGGAGGAUGAGGAUGGCACUACACUGCAGGCUUCGUCGCCCUCCCACCACAAAAACACACCACUGCCAACCGAGUCGACAAACGAAGAAGACGAGGAAGACGAUAAGCAGACCACGAGCAAGCAGACCACGCAGAACGCCGCAACCAAACCGAAAGCGGCCGGCGCCCCAUGCAAACAGCAACCCGUGGCGCCUUCCUCGUCGUCGAACGGAAGUGGAGGAAGCAGCAGCAGCGGCGGCGGCGGCGGCGGUGGUGCAGGUGGCGGCAGUGGAAACAGUGCUGGUGGCAGCGGCGGUGGCAAGAAAAAGUCCAAGAAGAAGCGCAAAUAAUUGCUAGCGAAGCGAAUGGUGCUGUGGGCGCUCCGGGCGGCGGCAUCAUUGCUCGUUCUGCUGCUGCUGCUCUCCUACCUGCUGCUGCUCCUGCUCCUGCUGCUGCUGCUGCUGCUGCUGCUGCUGUUCAACCUUUCCCACCACUUUGCCCUCGGCCUCCUGCUGCUCGGCUACCUUUAAAAGCAGGCGAUCUCAGUUCUCCCCACGGCGGGGAUAAGUUUUGUCCUUCGAUGCAUCCGUAGCGUCAUCUAACAAUAACGCUGGUCUCAGCUUGGUCCAUCCUGGAUAAAAUGCUUUCCAUCGACACGCGACAACACCAGUAAAUGACUUUGCAGCUUUGUUCGAGCUUCCUGGCGUUCUUGUUAGAGGGCGCUGCUACCGCUUGCGUGCGAACGUCUCAAGCAAUAUUUGUGGAAAGCAUCUCCGAUUAUCUCUAAUGAUUGGAGGAUCCCGGCCCAAAAACGGUGGAAAAACAAACAACGGGAGAGGGUUGCGUGGAGUGGAGAGGGGGAUAAUUUUCCCGGGAAAUGUGAGAGAAGAGUAGGAAAAGGGUUUUCACACGCGCCCGUUACCGGUGGGGCUAUUCGAUAUGUUUUUUUUGUGUCUUUAGCUGAUAGGGAUUAGCUCAAAUCUGGACACCUGUUUCUUUAGUUCGUACUACAAGUGAGGCGCACGUCACGUCCAAUUUUGCUGUUGUGUUUCUAAUCGUUGUUAAUCAAAGCUAUAAAACGGUAAUCGUGAUGGACGUGCACAGCCAUUGAGAUGAGACAUUGAUAUGCGUGUGUGUGUGAAACCAUUUUUUAACCCAACCCCCGGAGGCAGCGGGAGUGUGUCGAGGUUGGAUCUUCAGCUCGGCCCCAUGUACAAAGUGAAGCGAAUUUCAUGCCGAGGAAGCUCUACUUCAGCUGCUCAACGUUCGACCUCGACAAUGUGUGACACGCGCGGCUGCACUUGUUCGAGUUUAGGUUUAGGCGUUUCAAUGUGCACCAAUCAUCAUCAGAAUACCUUUUCGUCCACACACAAACACACACACACACGGAGCACACGUGUUCUCAGAUAAGUUAUUUUAGCUUGUUCGUUUUUCAUCGUCUAAUUUUUAGCUUUUAAGCUUUGCGGACAGCUCACACAAGGAAUUAGAUACGGAAAGGGAGAGAACGAGUGGAGAAAAAUGCACGACAAGUCCAGCGGAAUGGACCUUGGCUUUGGCAGAGCGCAAACAGCAUGCGGUCCGUAAAAGGACCCUUUCGAAUCAUGUGCGCGCUCAGAAUAACGAACACGUUUGUUCUUUCUCUCACCUGUUCGCCGUUUGUUGUUACUGUUCAAGUGGUGUUUUUUUAGCAAUGUAAGCGAAUAGAAAAGCAAUCAAAUCAGUAGCUUAACGUCUCCGCUGAAGGGUUUGUGAGUCAAUAAGAUUCGAAGUAAGGCGGCAAAACACACACACACACACACACCCCAAAUCGAAGCAAAUUACAAGCAAUUGAAGUGAAAAGUGCUGAUAUAAAAGGACAUAGACUUGGUUAGGAGAGUUGCGCGUGAAACAGAGUAACUUUGAGUGUGUGUGUGUGUGUGUUCGCCGGUACAAAAAAAAGAACUAACAUGUAACAAAGUAUGGAGUAAGGACGCAACAAAAAGAAUAAUAGUUUUUAAUCGGGAGUUUGUGCUGUAAGCGAUUUUUUUCCCCGGGGCGAGAUUUUCACUGAACGGCUUUUACACUUGUGCUGAUUUAAUCGAAAACUCCCCCAUUUUCACGGAGCGGAAGAAAGAAGGAAAAGCACGUCUGUUUUCAUCUUCUUUAGGUUAUUAAUAGGUGUAUAUUAGUUUCGUCUGCAAAGCCAAACUAUACAUUUUCUGUAUGAAGAAAAAAACACCUACCUUUGUUUUGAGGGUGGCUGUUUCCUGACAAACCAUCUAACAAUUUACAAACAUCAAUCUUUUUCCUCCGACGAUACUGACUUGUCGUGCCCCGGUUUGGUAUGUUUUGCUCCAUUUUCUCUACCAGUUUUCUGUCGCUGCUGGAUUGCGGUAGUGUAUGCUCUCGGUAUAUAAGCAGCAACUGGCUUCAACGGUAAUUUUAAACGUUGCCUAAUCAAAUACCCUUCUAACGUUACAUUGGCGUGAAAUGGCCCUCUAACACUGAGGCGUCUGUCUCCGACAAAUAAUAAUAAAAUUUAUUUAAACAAUUAAGAAAAGGAUAGGUAAACAAGUUACUCUUUAAUAGACACAAAAAAAACUCAAAACAAAAAAAACUAACUACGAAAAAAACGAUAAAGAAAGUGUUGAAAAAAGGCUGAGAAAAAAAAAAGAAUAGCUUAAAAAUUAUCCUGGGACCGUUGUGAAACUGGAUAAACCGAAACCGAAAGCAAAGUCAAAGUGAAACAGCACAGUAGCAUGCAUCAAUUA